UCUGUGCCCAUCAGGAGACGGUGUUUCAAGUGCUGGCGGCGGGGUCGCAUCUCUCACCGGAGGGGCUGUGCGGGGGGCUCACCCAAUACAGCUGCGGCGACAAACACGCCCUGUAUUGGAACCUAACGAUCUCCGAGAACGGCCUCGACGAGGGUGGCAACGGCCAGGGCGACCAAGUGGGUGGCAACAACGCCCAGGGCGACCAAGAGGGGUGACAGCGACGGCCAGGGCGACCACGAGGGCGACAUGGUCAGGCGUAGCAAGGACUUGUCCCGGGACGUGAAGGUGAUCCACCUGACGGACCUGCACGUGGACCGAGACUACUCGGGCGCCGGGAAGGGGAAGUGCUUCCUGGGGAUCUGCUGCAAGAGCACCAACGAGACCUCGGACGCGCAGGUGGACCUCGGGGAGUGGGGGGACGCCCAGGGCUGCGGCGUCCCGCUCCACACGUUCCAGAACCUCCUGCAGCACAUCAACGAGUCCCAUCCGGACGUGGACUACAUCGUCUGGACCGGCGACACGGCCGCGCACGACAGCUGGUUCCAGAGUCCCGCGGCGAACCUGGAGACGGUCCACGUCGUGACGGAGCUGAUCCAGAAGGCCCUGCCCGACGUCCCCGUCUACCCGGCGGUCGGCAACCACGACAUCUUCCCCAUCAAUCAGUUCCCCGGGAGCGACGAGGUGGUUGGGUCGGGGGACUUCUGGUUCUACAAGUCCCUGGCGAGCAUCUGGAAGGAGUACAUCCCGGAGGACCAGGUCCAAGGAUUCAGGACCUACGGCAACUUCGUCGUGAGACCCGUCGAGGGGCUCCGCAUCGUCGUCCUCAACACCAACUACUGCUACAAGUUCAACUGGUUCACGUAUCUCGACCACUCGGACCCCGGUAAGCAGCUGGAAUGGCUGGACCGCGAGCUGAAGUCCGCCUCGGACGCCGGCGACCACGUCCACCUCGUGUCCCACAUCUCCCCCGGCGACGAAGACUGCCUCGUCACCUGGACCCACCACUUCCUCCGCCUGCUCCACAAGUACCGAGGCGUGGUGAAGGCCCAGUUCUACGGACACGACCACGACGACAGGUUCCAGGUGAUGGUCGGCGACAAUGACACUGUCCUCGGCGUCGCCUUCCUCGGUCCGAGCCUCACCCCCCUCAGGAAGAUGAACCCCGCCUACCGCAUCUACACCGUCGACGCCCAUUCCAAGGAGGUGAAGAUGCUGGAGACGUGGUGGAUGGACCUUGCCGAGGCGAACCGCAAAGGGAAGCCCGCCUGGCGUCGUCUCUACAACACGGUCACCGACUACCGCUUCCGCCCCUUCACCUUGCAGGACUGGCUGGGCUUCGUCGACGACGUUCGCCGCGAAGAGUCGCUCUUCCUGGAUUACUACAGGCACAAGAGCCGCAACUGGCCGCGCCCGCCCGAAUCCUGCAACGAGACCUGCCGCACCCUCAACACCUGCAACAUGAUCGUGCGCGACCCCAUCAAGUACUGCGGGGCGGAACGCUGCAAGACCAAAAGCCCCGAGGAGUGCAAGGACUUCGACUACUACUAGACUUCGUUCUUUCCCCGCAAAUUCGUGAUUUCCUGAGCCAGCGGAACCGCCGGACGGUGCCGGCCAAAUCGUUCAUUUCAUUUUUUUAUCGUUUUUCUAUGCACGAAGCGACGGACCACCCGCUUAUUUAAAGGCUCACCUUGCCCUUGCUUCCCCCCCCCCC